AUGCUCUCUGCUCUCUGGUUUGGGACAGCUGAUUGGGCCGUGGUCGGCCAUCAUGUCCCCUACACUACACCAGAAACAGCGUACGAUGGAGCUGAAAGUUGGCCUGACUUCAAAGUAAAGAAUGGUCAUGUGGCUCCAAUCUACAUCAUCAACCUUCUCAUAUCUGACCUCAUUCAGUUCUGCUGUAUAAUCGCUUUGGAGACAGAACCUGAGGAAGAGAAGAUAAUAUUAAUUCUGAGCUGUGUUUACGAUUGUGGCCUAUUCAGCAGUGUUUGUUUCAUGGUGUGUAUUUCACUGGAAAGAUAUUUGCUCAUCGCCCACCCACUGUGGUACCGCUUCAGACGAACCAUCAGGAUCUCUGUGGUGGUCUGUGUUGUAGUCUGGAUCAUAUCUCUUGUGUUGAUUUUUACUGUGUUCUUCUGGGUUACUGGCUUUGUUGCACGAAUUAUCCUCUCCAUCUUCCUCAUCAUUCCCUUCCCACUGUUCAUAUUCUUCCUAACUGGGACCCUCAGAGCUCUCUCUACUUCUGUCUCAGUCCCCUCUGAUGAAAAACGGAGAAUCGUGGCAAUCUUAGUCCUGGUGCUGCUGAUUUAUACUCUGCUGUUCCUGCCUUACAUUAUUGACCUCACUGCAGAAACAUACAUCUCUAAUAUCACUCUAUGUCUCCUGUCCAACAUGUCUCUAAAGCUGAGUCCACUUGCAGACUUACUUCUGUAUGUUUUCAUCAAAAAAGAGACCUUUGCGAAGCUUUGGACCUCUGUGUGCUGUUGCAGAAAGGAGAACAAUGACACCAACAACAUCAACACAAUCAGUCUAGACCACAUGUAGACCAGUGGU